GGUAGUGGUUAGUGGGAGGGUUAGUUGUGUUGCUUUAAGUUGUGGUGUUUUUAUAAUGUGCAAGAUUUUACCUCUGUGUAUAGUUAAAAUCAGAACUAGCUCUUGGUUAUGGGGCGGGUGAUUAGAAUGUUCGAUUAUUAGGGUGAAUCUAAACAUUCUUUUUAUUUAUUUUUAUUUUGACUGUUUUAUUGAAAUACCAAGCAAAUAAUUUAGUGUCAUUACAUAGGUUAUAUGUUCAAUACACAUAAGAACAAAAUUGUUCUAAGAGGGAACUGAAUUCCUCAUUUUACAAAUAACCUACAGUUUCAGAGAAAGAAAUGCUCACCAAACUUCACCAUUUCUACCGUUCACACAACAUCCAAACAGUAUUGUAUAGAAAUGGAAAACGAUUUAGUUCGUCUUCACCCUUGAAAAAUGUUCAGCAUAGGUGUACAGAAAUUAGAAUCCCAGUUCCAUGGGGACAUGUUGCAGGAAAGUGGUGGGGAAGACAAGAUGUCCAGCCAGUGUUGGCCCUUCAUGGUGUGCAGGACAACGCAGCGACGUUUGAUAAACUAGUGCCUAUGUUGGAAGUGGACGCUGUACUGGCAUUGGACAUACCUGGACACGGGUGGUCUUCUCACCUCCCACAAGGGUUUCCUUACGACUUCAUGGACGCUGUGAGCUUGAUGCGAUUUGUCAUCAGGCAUUAUUACAAGUGGGAGAAGCCUAUGGUGCUCCUGAGUCAUUCUUUUGGGAGCAAUCUCAGUUUCGUUUACUCAGCUGUGUACCCUGAGGAAGUUUCCAAGUUCAUCAGCAUAGAUUGUGCGCGCCACCAGAUGUUUGUCUUGCCAGGUACAACAGUGAGUUCAAUGAGAAAUACAAUGGACAAAAUAUUGAAGUAUGAAGAAAGCUUAAAUCCACCAGAAUACAGCUAUGAGGGAUUAUUAGAAAUGCUUUACAAAGGGCGAAGAGGCUUAAUUUCUAAGAAAGGUUGUGAGAUUUUACUUAGUAGAGGGAUGUCUACUUUGGAAAGUGGCAACGUUUGUUUGUCUAGAGAUGUCAGAGUGAAACUCAACGCAUUUGGCCGAUUAACUGAAGAAUCUUUACUGAAAUUGUCAGGUAGAAUUAAAUGUGAUGUUCUGUCUAUACAGGCUGAAAAUGGAACUGUACAUAAUAAUUACAAAGGAAAAGUUUUCAAAAAAACAGUAGAAAUCAUAUUGAAAAAUUCCCCCAACAGUAAGCAUAUUAUCAUGGCUGGAAAUCAUCAUUUGCAUUUGGAUGAUCCCGAGCCUGUAGCAAAAGAAAUUAACAAGUUUCUUUUAUAGUAUAGUUGUUUACUGAUAACUGUAAGCAAAUAAAGUGGUGAAGAAAAUUAUUGUGAUAAAGAUCAAUGUGUAAGUUGCUGAUAUAAAAUGUCUCAAAGCUAAUUAAGUAAACAAUCGUGUUUGUUUUUUUUUGUGGAUUACUUUUAAAUAAUUUUGCAAAUAAGCAUUAUUUUUAAGUUAAUUUUACAUGAAUAAUCUUAUACAAAAAAUUGUGAUUUAGGAUGAAUAGGAAAAAAAUGAUUCAUUUACACCUUAAAAAUUUGAAAGAGCAAUUUUUAAGAAAAGAUAAUAAGAAGAAUAGUGUAGCCCAGUAAUAAUAUAAAAAUGUACCAAAUAACAAAAAUGUUAUUACUUUCACACCGGUUUGGUGUGAGCAGCCAUUGUACAUUGUACAAUAAGUAAGGUACUGUGUUCUGCGAUUGCAAUCAGUUAGGUGUGAAACUAUCUCCCUUUGCCAGUCAAUGUAGUACUUCUAAUUAAUUUGGUUAGUACUUAUAAAUUUAUAUAUGAAAAUGUUGUUGUUAAAUCCAUAAUAAGUUUUAAAUUAAUGUUUAAGUAAAAGUUUUAUUAGUAAUUUUUAUUUUGACAAUAUAACUAGUUUAAUUUAUGUUUUAAUUUGGCAUUGCUAGGCCACAAUAUUUCAAUAUUACCUUUUGUAAUUCUUGAAAAGAGUGUUUUCAAUUAUACAGACUGACUGGAUUCUGAAAAGCAGAAAUGCCUGGUAAAACAGAUCAUCACCAUUAGAAAUAAAGAUGGAGAGGUACAGGUACAAAAGAGAUUAGUCUUAGCAAAUUUCAAAGAAAUAUAUCGCUUAUUUAAGGAAAAGUUCCAACAAGUCAGAUUAAUUUUUCAAAGGUUUGUAAGCGAAGACGCAAGGACUACAUCCUUCCUGGACAAUGUGGAACACAAAAUGUGGGUUUCAGCACUUUACACCAGAACAUAAAAUAAGUUAUGACGAACAAAAAUGCAAAAUUUUGUCCUGGGUGGUGAGUACCUUUGAAAUCUGAUCACUCCUCGUGUCUGGUCAAGAUAUGUACAAUCCACCUUCUCAGCACUGUUACAUCAAUGUGUGUAAAGAAUACCCAAGUGUUAGUGAAUUAAAAGAUUUACUGUAUAACAAAUUUAAUAAUGAAAUAAUAGAUGAAGGUACUAGGUGUUCAA